CCCCCCACCCCAAAAAAAAAAAAAAUUUAAACCUAUAUAAUGAAAUCAACAGAUCGAAUCAUCAAGGGCUGGACAAUCAUGACAGUUAACAACCCAACACCAAUCCUAUCUUCCCUCUUACCUAUAAAAUUACUCUAUCCUUCAGUGCAUGCCUCAAUCCACGCACAACACAUAUAGAGAGAAAACACUCUGUUCUUGAGUGCAGGCCUCAAGCCACACACACAAAUAGAAACACACACAUACACAAAGAUGGUGAACUUAGUAGCAGCACAGAAGCCAUUAAUGCAUGUACUGAUGAAGAUGGCUGGGGUCACACCCCACACAGUAGAAAUCAAUCCAGGCACAGUCAUGAACAUUUGGGUCCCCAAUGAAACCAUAAAAAAAACCCCAAAAAGCAAAGACGACACCACAACUACCACCACCACCACCACCAAACCAAACAAACCUGUCGUUGUUCUCAUCCAUGGCUUUGCAGCCGAAGGCAUUGUGACAUGGCAGUUCCAGGUCGGCUCCCUGACCAAAAACUACGCCGUCUACGUGCCCGACCUCCUCUUUUUCGGAGGUUCAAUCACCGACAGCCUGGACCGGUCACCAGCUUUCCAGGCCGAGUGCUUAAUGAAGGGACUGAGGAAGCUGGGGGUUGAGAGGUGUACUUUGGUCGGGUUCAGCUAUGGUGGAAUGGUGGCUUUCAAGAUGGCUGAGUUGUAUCCGGACUUGGUUCGAUCCCUUGUGGUGUCUGGUUCGAUUUUGGCCAUGACUGACUCGAUCAGCAGUGAGACUCUUCAUGGUCUCGGGUUCUCCUCUUCUUCAGAGCUGUUGUUGCCCAACUCCGUGAAGGGUCUCAAGGCACUUCUCUCUGUUGCUGCUCACAAAAAGCUCUGGUUCCCCGAUCGGCUUCACAAGGAUUUUCUCGAGGUAAUGUUCAACAACAGAAAGGAGAGGGGUGAACUACUAGAAGGUUUGAUAGUUACCAACAAAGAUCCCACCAUCCCAAAUUUUCAACAGAGAAUACACCUUCUAUGGGGGGAGAAUGAUCAGAUUUUCAAGAUGGAGCUUGCCCAAAAUAUGAAAGAGCAACUAGGAGAUGAAACAACACUCCAAGGCAUAGAGAAAGCAGGUCACCUGGUUCAACUCGAACGUCCCUGUGUCUACAACAGAUGUCUCAAGCAGUUCCUUGCUUCCCUGCACACAGAUGAACCCCAAAAGUAGCAAAUUCAUCCUACAUUUUUCAUUAUUUACGCACAUUAUCUGUAGCAUUGUUUGGAAUUAGUAGAAACAUAGGGGUUUAUUAUUUAUGGUUAAAAGUUGCUCGUGUCUUGUAUGGAGGUGAAAAUAUUGUGAAGAUGAACUGAAUGGAUCACCUUUUAUUUUCUUUA